AUGUCUGACGAAACAAUUAGGAGCAAAAACAAUGAAGUGUCUGGUGAGAUGAGUGUUACGGAGAAGAAUAGCUUGACGGAGGCAACAAUAGAAAUAGGAAUUGACAAAGGUGACGACAAGAAGAUCAAAGAGGAUCAAACUGAGGAAGCUAGGCGAAUAGAUCAGGAGACAAAACCCGAGUUAAAGGAGGGCAUAGACUCAGGUUAUCGAACGAGUGAUAGUUUUGACGAUUUUGGAGCUGAUAAAGGUGUAGUUGCCGAAGACGAAGAUGAUGAUAGUGAUUUUGGAUCGUUUGAUGACGCUUCGUUUACAGAACUCGAGGAACCAGAAGAAAUAAAAGCAGUAGAAAAUACACAAGAAAACGUGUCAGAUGAAUAUGUACGCUUCAGUGAAGAAGUACUUAACAAUCCAACUCUAUUUGGAAAAAAGUUGCAUGAAACAAUGGAUAACAUAUUUACUGAUAUAAGCCAUAGUGAACACCCUAAUCAGGACCAGAAUUCUUUAUUGACGGAACGAUCAAGUGAAAUAUAUAAAGAAUUGUCUCAAAUACCUCAUUUACAACCUCCAAACUGGAUUAAGCUGAAUGUUCGUCAUAAUUUGUUGAUCAAAUUGGGUGUUCCAAUUAAUUUAGAUGAGAUAAAGAAAGAAAAUUUACUCCAAACUCCAAAGGUACCACGUAGAAAGUCUAUCAACGAAGAAGACAUAAAAUGGGAUGGAUUUGAUUUACCUGCCUUUGAAGACUUGAGCAUUUCAGUAGAUAAAAAGACAGACCUAUUGAAUAAAACCACAGAAAUCUUAUCAGUUAUUGAAACUGAUAAUUUAAAUAAUUCAUCGCAUCAGUUCUUAGAAUCCUCAAACACAGUGAGCUUGCAAGAGAAAUUGAAACAGUAUAAUGAUAAUUACGCUCAAUUAAUUGAAUUGAGUAGUGUUUGGAAUAAACAAUUGGAUGAUCAGAAGCAGAAUUACGAAGUUUAUGAAUCGGUUAUACAAAAUUUAAUUGGGUAUAGUCAAAAAUUGAAGAGAGAAGAAAUAUUGGCACAUUUGAAGAAUAUUAAGCUGAAAUCUAAGACUAAGAAAUCAUUUUGGAAAUAG